CUGGAAUAAUAUAUAAAUGCUAGGGAAAGUGAACAAGACAUUAAAGCUACGUAAGACCAGCACGAGAGAUACUAUGUCUAAGAGUGGUAUUAGCCAGACUCUAUCAGACGAUCUGUGUCAGAAACAGCCAACUAAUUCUCUAUGAGCUUCUGAGAGUAUACUUGGACCAUCUGCAUCAUAUGGAGAUACUGUAGAAAAUUAUGAAGGCACACAAGCAUUUCCUUGCGAGAAUUCACAACAGAAAAAUGUGUCAAAGAGGAUGAAGCAAGUGAAGACUGAGGAUAUCUCCAGCCUUGUAGAUGAUCUUUGUAGGAAUACUAGCUCACAAUCCCCAUUCCAGGCUUCAUCUCAAUCAAAUCUUUCGAAGAAUAAUCCUACAGAAGAGGCUAAAGAUGGUGGAUGUUUGGACCACGAUAGAAAGCAGAUCAAAGACUUGGAAUCUCCUUUGGAAUUUGAGCUUGAAUCCUACUCGAAUUCUAAUAUAGCCAAUUAUAAAAAUUUUCCUCCAUCUCAGUCUAAUAACUUUGAGUGGAAGAAUAGUUCAAGCUCUAAUUUUAAUGCAAAAUCUGAAAGCGAAGAUUCACUAUGCGUUUACAAGAAAAUAGCCAAGCCUCCAUGCCCUGAUUUUGAAGGCAUCUCUUUGCCCAGUCAGAAUAUGUUUGGAUUAAGCAAGAAAUCAGAGGCUUCGCAGCCUGCCAGUCUAGAUUCAGGCAGCCAGAUAUGAGAAUUUUUGUGAAUGCCUCAAUUCGAUGAAACUUCUAAAAAGUUACCCAGCUCAGAUAAAGACCGAGAAGAACUAAACUCUUUGAACUUAGAUUCAUGCUUGCUCAACUCAGUUGAGAACAUUGAUAUCAUAUUCUUAGAUCCCAGCCAGAUUCCUUCUUGGAACUCUAAAGCGAACGAGAUAUCAUUUGGGCACCAGAAUUGUUAUGAAAAUAUGGUCAGCCCAUCAGUGCAAUUUGAGAAAAGCUCUGAGCAUAACGAAGGCAUGAGCGCACCUGAAAUUCCAAAUAUUUCUGACUUUGACUCUUGCAGCAUCUUCAAGGACUAUACAGGAUCUGAUAACCGUCAGAAAGUAUAUAUCAAUGUUGGAGAUCGAUAUAAAGGAGAAAGAGCGUGGGAGAAAAUCUAUCAACUCUCUAAUCACCUGGAAAAAUGAAACCGAGAAGAGAUUAUUUCCUUCAUUACUCGGAUCAAGAAGAACCAGAAUAUGGGAGGCUGCAAGUCUAGCACCUGCAGCAGGAAUGGACUAUCCCGUUUUGAGAGAUCGACGAUUAAUGAUAGAGUCUCAAGUAGUGUUUCCAAGAGUUCCAUUGUGUAUCCAUGAAGGCUCCAGCAGAGGAUUUUCAGACUGUUCCGAAAAUGCUUCAAAGUAGAUUUCGAAGAAUUUCUGAAAGAGAAGAAAAUCAUUUUUCACAAGGUCGCAAAGGAUAUGGACCGGGAUACUUUCAACGACUUCCUCAUUGAGUUCCUCGAUUACUAUUAUCCAAAUAUUUUAGAAAAACUUGAUGAUGAAGUUUUGGAAAAAAUCAUGGAAACGAUGAGUCUCUUCAUUCUCAAGCAAAGGCAUAAGAAGAACUAUAAGAUCACUGAGGGGCUUGACUUUGAGGCUUGGAACAGCUUAGUAAACCAGCCUAAAUCAGAGAAGUUCAUCCAGUUCUUUAGCCUCCCUGAGAACGCCUUCAUCUAUUGUUUCUUCUUCUACAAGGAGUGUAAACUCCUUGUAGAAGAACCAACAAGUUCGGUCUGAAGGAAGAACUCUAAGGAUUCUAAUGAAGCACUUUCUCUGUUUAACCAGAUGCAUGAGUUGUUCAAUGAAUUCCAAAUCUUCGUGUCAGAAUCCGUGCGGGAGGAGAUUUCUCACCUAACUCAGCUCUAUCUUCAGCAGAUAUAAUUAUAAUACCUCGUCUGGCUGGGAAAAUGCAAAGCUAGACAGAGAUCUCUUGUGUUAAUUUAUUCUG